AUGACCGUACUAUCCGAAAAGAAUCACCAAGAUCUUCAAGAACAAAAGAAGGGUUUCAAAAUAUUCUCCUUCUUGUUGAAAAAGAGACAAUCAUCAUCAACAAAGAAAGGAUCAGACGCUCCUUCUUCGCCCACUCCAAGUCGGUCGAGUGCGAGUAGUAGCAGUUUAGACAGCAAUGAUAUGAAUUCCUCGAAUAAUCACCUACCUUCCAUCUUGUCUUCAAACAACAAGUCCUCUGACACACAAAGAACGGCAUUGCCCACCACUACCACCUCCUCCUCUCUAAACAACACGACGUCACAACAGGCACCCCAAUCAUCACUUGGUGCCUUAUCUUCGUCUCAAAAUAAUAGAAAUUCGGCACGUAUCAUUCGGAGAAAUGACAAUCAGCGUUUCAAUGAUAAGCUGAUCAAUAGAAAGAGUGCUGCAUUUAGUAGAGGAAUCCAAACAAAUAUUGAUCCAGAGGUAAUGUAG